GGGAGUCUGGAUUCCCCAGUUUUCUCCCUUUCCCGUUCCUGGGUCAGGGGUCGCUUCGCAGCUGGGAGCCAGGGUCUCUAUUUGUCCUUUUUAAUGGGCAAGGGUGUGGGCCUACAUAUGCUGGAAGAAACACCUGACAAUGUGGAAUCCCAAUGCUGGGCAGCCAGGGCCAAAUCCGUAUCCCCCUAAUGUCGGGUACCCUGGAGGUUCUAAUCCUGUCCAUCCACCGCCUGUCAAUCCUGUCUUUCCUCCAGGCCCCUUUCCCACUGCCCCAGGACCUCCCCAGGGGAAUCCAGCUUUCCCCCCAGUCGGGCCCCUUCAUCCUGCACCACAACCAGCUUAUCCAGGAUGCCAACCAUCAGGUCCCUACCCCCCUCCAUACCCACCACCUGCCCCUGGCAUGCCUCCUGUGAAUCCCUUGGCUCCUGGCAUUGUAGGACCAGGAAUGGUGAUGGACAAGAAGAUGCGGAAGAAAAUGAAGAAAGCUCAUAAAAAGAUGCACAAACACCACAAGCAUGGCAAGCAUUCCUCCUCCUCCUCCAGCAGUGACUCUGACUGAAUACAGGGUCUGGACCCUUCCCUCAAGUCUCUCCAGUUCUGCUCUCCCAUCAAGCUUCAGAUGCCAUCUUGCACUGGAGAAAAUUAGCCCUUGUGUCCCUCUCUCCCUCUCCCCCAAUCUGAGCCUCACUCUGCUGUCCACACCUAAUUGGUUAGAGGAAAUGGGAAAUGAAUUGCCAUGGGCUAGCAAAGGCCAUCUUCUCAGUGCUUGCAUAGAACUUUUAGCUGAUGAGUUUUACAGGAGAAGUAUUUUUUGAAGGUGGUGAAACCUGUGAGCUAAAUGCUGAAGAUAUAUCUAAGAUCUAGAAAAUGUGAUUUUCUUUUUUUUACUUUCUUUUGUAAUAUUUGUAGUUGGGGUGGUGUUGUGGAAACUUAAUUAUGAGAGAAAAAAACCACAGAACAAAUUGUACCUUUUUAAAAAAAAAUUGUGGCACACUUGGGUGAUUUAAUGGCAAAUACAUUUCCCAGCAUGCCUUUAAUUGAUUGCACUAACUGCAAGGCUGCUGGGAAGUGGAGUCCAUUUGUUGAUGAGUUCUGCCAUUGUGAAACCUAAUCUGUACUCCUCAGCUCAGUAUGCUGUCUCAGUUCCUCCCUUCAUUCUCUAACUCUCAGUACAAAUAAAGCUGUUUGUCCUGCUCUCUGUUCACCUGUGCCAUUACCUUGGUUGGGCCCCGCACAUUCUGCUACUUUUGCUGCCCUUCCAUAGACUCUUUAAUGUGUAUC